UGGCCGCAUACAUAGGCCGGGGCCUCGGUGACAGGUGCCUGGGAUCGGGGCUCAUUGCCGUCCAUUAUAAACACAUAGGUACCGGGUCAGGACAGUGAUUACCCCUCCACCUAUGCAGCCUGGUGCCCCCUGUUAUCAGCCAUUUCUGACUGGUAGAUGCGGACGGUAGGUGGUGAUUGUUUCUGCGGGUUGUGGCCACUAAUAAGGUGAAGAUGCUGCACUGUCUGGUGAAUGACUCCAGGGUGGGGUCCUUGCUGUCAAUCUUCCUGCUUCUUCUGGGAUGUGCCACUGCCUCUGAAAUUACCUUUGAGCUACCCGAUAACGCCAAGCAGUGCUUCUAUGAAGACAUCACUCAGGGAACCAAGUGUACGCUCGAAUUCCAGGUCAUCACCGGUGGCCAUUAUGAUGUGGACUGCCGGCUUGAAGACCCAGAUGGGAUAGUGCUGUACAAGGAGAUGAAGAAACAAUACGAUAGCUUCACUUUUACAGCCUCACGCAAUGGAACGUACAAGUUCUGCUUUAGUAACGAGUUCUCAACUUUCACGCACAAGACUGUCUACUUUGACUUCCAAGUUGGAGAAGACCCACCACUCUUCCCCAGCGAGAACCGGGCCACUGCCCUGACACAGAUGGAAUCUGCUUGUGUUUCAAUCCACGAAGCUCUGAAGUCGGUCAUCGAUUACCAGACACACUUCCGCUUAAGGGAGGCGCAAGGCCGCAGCAGGGCAGAGGAUCUGAACACCAGAGUAGCCUAUUGGUCCAUAGGGGAGGCUUUAAUUCUCUUAGUUGUAAGCAUUGGACAGGUGUUUCUUCUUAAAAGCUUCUUCUCCGACAAAAGAACAACCACAACACGCGUUGGAUCAUAACCCAGAAUUAUCGGAUGAUUUUCUUUCUUUAUACACUGUUGUCCCAAAUUCAAAUGUUUUUUUUUUUUUUUUUCAUUUUUGUUUUUCCUUUUCCUGAUACCAGUAAGGAAAAAAAUGUAUAUAUUGCUAAACUUUAGUUUUACCUUUUAAACGCCACCAUAGCCAUCCCCUGAAAAAAUAAAAUAAAAAAAAAUAAAAAAUGGUGUUAUGACACUAUUUUUUUUUAACUGUUUGAGGGAUAUUUUAUUUUUUUUUUGCAGAGGGGAUUUGGAUUUUGAGGUUGGACAUUCAUCUUUAAUGUUAAUAUAUUUCCCUCUGAAAGAUGAUCUGUCCACUCGAUUUUUUUUUUUUAUGGUUACACUAAGGGUCCUUACACACAUGAAUUUGGCUCUGGCUUUUUUUCACCAGUAAAAAACCCUGAAUAAGCUCAUGCGUUUUUAAUUUUAUUUUAUUUUUUAGUUUUUUCCUAUAGUCAGAGAUGUAAAAACGCCAGAGCUACAGCAUGUUGCAUUUUUUUGGGGGAAAAAUGGCAAAAAAACACCACUUUUAAAGCCUAGUUCACACAGUCUGUGUUUGUUUGGUCAAUGAUUGUGAGCACCUGCUCUGUGUUUUUGACCCAGGUGUGGGUGUUCUGGCUCAGAAUCGCUCAUGUGUGAACUAGGCCUAAUGAACUAAAACGACAGUAGCAAAUUAAACACGUAUGGCCUGCGUUUUUACAGAAAAAAAUGCUGCAAAAAACAGGUGUGAAAAGGCAUAAAAACUCCAUCCGAAACUUGUGUGUAAAAGCAACCUAAGGCCUCAUGCACAUGACCGUAUGUAACUUGCGGUCCUCGAAACACGGAUCCGCAAAAAAUACAGAUGACGUUCAUGUGCAUUCCAUAUUUUGCGGAGCGGAACAGCUGGCCCCUAAUGCAACAGUCCUAUCCUUGUCCGUAAUGUGGACAUUUUUUUCGGAACAUACAUAUGGAGAUGGAAUGCACACAGAGUUUUUUUUAUUUGCAGACCAAUUGAAAUGAAUCGUUCCGCAUGCGGUCUGGACAAGGAAAGCAAAUACGUUUGUGUGCGUGAGCCCUAAUGCACAUUCAUGAGUGUUCAGUGGGCAGCUUUAGGAGCUUAAAAACAUCGGCUAGUCAAUAAUUGGGCUCCAUGCAUGUGCACGUUUUGCUAAGCCGAGUAUGCAUGUGUCCUGAACAGGGACAGGUGAUAAAGGUGUUACCAAACACGCCUGGCAGUGGCUUAUUUCCCUGAGAAUAGAAGGAUUGGACAUUUGAAAUCCAGCUUCCUGACCCUGAUCUUCCCAACAUCUGCAGAAGACACUAGGGCUCAUGCACACGGCAUGUAAGUCCGUUCCGCAGCCCCGCAAAAAAAUAGAACAUGUCCUAUUCUUGUCAGUUUUGUAGACAAGGAUGGAACAUUUCUGCAGGAGUAAAAAAGAAAAAUGGCAGCAUGCACUUGGCUGGUAUCCGUGUUUUGUGGAACCACAAGUUGCGGACUGCAAAACACUUACGGUCGUGUACAAUGAGGCCUUAUAUGGUUGGCUGGUCAAACUGAAAUUGGUUCUGGCUGACACCUAUCCGAUGUGUAUGGCCAGCUUAAGUGCACAUGAUUGGUUAGUUUAGCUUAUUUGGCCUACCUAUGAGAAUAAAUGAUCUGCAACUGUUGGGUAUACAGUCUAAAUGCUUUUUGGGGUGAGGGUUUGUGUGUUGGUUUUUGUUUAUUUUUUUUAAUUGAUUUUGGAUUUCUAAAAAGCUGUUCCUUUACUUCCAUGUAACUCGCCACAAAUGUAAAACUUCCCUACAGAUCUGUCGAGCACUCUGUUUUUCAUUAUCAGGAAAGGGGUUAACGCUCAAAAAUAAUAAAGGGAGUCAUUUGUCAAGCCCCUGUGCCAGAAAA